AUGCUUUCACAUAUUUUGAGGCGAAAAGCGCAGGUCAGUAUAUCACCGGCUAUUGAUGCUAGUGCAAACGGGCGCGGAGAUGUCGAGGUCGUUAACGAGUCUUUUGCGGAUCGUCCUGUGACUCCAAUGUCUGGUCCAACUUCUGGACCAAAAUCUGGACCAGCCACUGGCCCAUCGUCUUAUCUGACUUCGGGCCCAACGGCAGGACCAACCUCUGGACCGACAGCAGGGGCCACCUUCUCGCCAUUCAGCGUUCCGAUUACCGGUCCUACGGAUAAAGCCACUAACGAAAGUGGUGAACCACGGAACGAGAUCAGACAGAAAGAGAUAAACGGUAACCCCCACCGGAAGUAUAGCACUUUUCACGUUUAUGCAUGA